GAGCCCUGACUAAAGAUGGCCGCGCUGCCCGGUGGGAACAUGGCGGGGGGCGGCCGGGGGGCGCGGGUGCUGCUGCUGCUGCUGCUCGGCGGCUGCCUGGGCCGGCGGCCCCCGGCCGCUGCCGCUGCCGCGCCGCCCGCCGCCGUCGUGCCCCCGCCGGCGGCGGAGGAGACGGUGAUCAUCGGCCUGCGGCUGGAGGACACGGACGACGUCUCCUUCAUGGAGGGGGGCGCGCUGCGGGUGAGCGAGCGGACGCGGGUGAAACUGCGGGUCUACGGGCAGAACAUCAACAACGAGACGUGGUCGCGCAUCGCCUUCACGGAGCACGAGCGGCGGCGGGGCGGGCGGGCGGCGGCGGGGCCGGCGGGUCGCGGCGGUGGCGGGGGCGGCGGCGGAUCGGCGGGCAGCGGCGGGGCCCCGCAGCGCUGCGGCAUCCGCACCUCGGACAUCAUCAUCCUGCCGCACAUCGUGCUCAACCGCCGCACCUCGGGCAUCAUCGAGAUCGAGAUUAAGCCCCUGCGCAAAACGGAGAAGAGCAAGUCCUACUACCUGUGCACCUCCGUCUCGGCCCCUGCCGCCGCUGCCCUGGGGCCCGGGGCUCCCGGAGGGCUGGCAGGCGGCGAGGGGCCGGCGGGACCCCCGCCCUGGGGUGAGACCACUUGGAUCUACCAUGACGGCGAGGACACCAAGAUGAUUGUGGGCGAGGAGAAGAAGUUCUUGCUGCCCUUCUGGCUGCAGGUCAUCUUCAUCUCACUCCUCUUGUGCCUCUCGGGCAUGUUCAGUGGCCUCAACCUGGGCCUGAUGGCCCUGGACCCCAUGGAGCUGCGCAUCGUGCAGAACUGUGGCACGGACAAAGAGAAGAACUACGCCAAGCGCAUCGAGCCUGUGCGGCGUCAGGGCAACUACCUGCUGUGCUCCCUCCUGCUGGGCAAUGUCCUGGUCAACACCACGCUUACCAUCCUCCUGGACGACAUUGCCGGCUCUGGGCUGGUGGCCGUGGUGGUCUCCACCAUCGGUAUCGUCAUCUUCGGCGAGAUCGUGCCGCAGGCUAUUUGCUCUCGGCACGGCCUGGCCGUGGGCGCCAACACCAUCUUCCUCACCAAGUUUUUCAUGAUGAUGACCUUCCCGGCCUCCUACCCUGUCAGCAAAUUGCUGGACUGUGUCCUGGGCCAGGAGAUCGGCACGGUCUAUAACCGUGAGAAGUUGUUGGAGAUGCUGCGGGUCACCGACCCUUAUAACGAUCUAGUCAAGGAGGAGCUCAACAUUAUCCAAGGAGCCCUGGAACUGCGCACCAAGACUGUGGAGGACGUGAUGACUCCCCUCCGAGACUGCUUUAUGAUCGCCGCCGAGGCUGUGCUCGACUUCAACACUAUGUCCGAGAUCAUGGAGAGCGGUUACACCCGCAUCCCUGUUUUUGAGGGUGACCGCUCCAACAUUGUGGACUUGCUGUUUGUUAAGGACCUGGCUUUUGUGGACCCCGAUGACUGCACGCCACUCAAGACCAUCACCCGCUUCUACAACCACCCGCUGCAUUUUGUCUUCAAUGACACCAAGCUCGAUGCCAUGCUGGAGGAGUUCAAGAAAGGCAAGUCUCACCUGGCUAUUGUGCAAAGAGUAAACAAUGAAGGAGAAGGGGAUCCUUUUUAUGAAGUCCUGGGAAUUGUCACUUUAGAAGAUGUGAUUGAAGAGAUCAUCAAGUCUGAAAUUCUGGAUGAAACAGAUCUAUACACUGAUAACAAGACGAAAAAGAAAGUAGCUCAUCGGGACAGGAAGCAGGACUUCUCUGCCUUCAAGCAGACAGACAGCGAGAUGAAGGUUAAAAUAUCACCGCAGCUCCUCCUGGCAAUGCACCGGUUCCUGGCAACAGAAGUAGAAGCAUUUGGUCCAUCCCAGAUGUCAGAGAAGAUCCUUCUCAGGCUGCUAAAACAUCCCAACGUCAUCCAGGAGCUGAAAUACGAUGAGAAGAACAAGAAAGCCCCAGAACACUACCUCUACCAGCGAAACAAGCCCGUCGACUACUUUGUUCUCAUUUUACAGGGGAAGGUGGAAGUGGAGGCUGGGAAAGAGGGGAUGAAGUUUGAAGCUGGUGCUUUUUCCUACUAUGGGGUGAUGGCCCUCACAGCAUCACCAGUUCCCUUGUCCCUGUCUCGUACCUUUGUUGUCAGCAGAACAGAGUUGUUAGCAGCAGGUUCUCCAGCCGAAAACAAGUCUCCACCUCGGCCCUGUGGCUUGAAUCACUCAGACUCUUUAAACCGGAGCGAUCGCAUCGACGCAGUGACCCCGACGUUAGGGAGCAGCAACAACCAGCUGAACGCAUCCUUCCUCCAAGUGUAUGUUCCAGACUACUCAGUGAAAGCCCUCACAGACAUUCAGUUUGUCAAGAUCUCAAGACAGCAGUACCAAAAUGCCCUGAUGGCAUCCCGGAUGGACAAAACACCUCAGUCCUCGGACAGUGAAAACACUAAAAUUGAACUGACUCUUACGGAGCUGCACGAUGGUUUGCCAGACGAGACAGCAAACCUGCUGAAUGAACAGAACUGUGUGACUCAUAACAAGCCCAACCACAGUAUGCACAGUGAAGGAGCCAUCUAGGAGCUGACUCCCCACAACCCAGCCAUCCCAUCUCCUCAGCAGGACCAGCCCUCGCUCCUUCCUGCCUCCUCCCUGAGUGUGAACACCAUUAGUGCGUGCUUGCAACACUGCUGCAUCCAGUGUUCUGAGACCAAAGACUUUUGCGUCCGUUCUGGGAGCAGAAGAGGAAGAAACAGGAAGAAAGGAGCAAAGAGCAAGAGAGACUAAAGACCCAAACAUAAUUUGGGAAUGGUGAGCCACCCUUGAGAACGAUGAAAAUUCUUCUUGCAAAGUAGAAUUAUGUUUAUUUUUUAUCUGUACUUUUGAUCCUUGUUGGGUUUUUCCUCCUCAAACACAUAUGGAGAAGUUUAAAAGCUCCUCCAUUAUUUUUUCAAAAGAGAUCAUGUUUUUAAAAAGUAUUUUGCAGAGUUUUAAAUUGUUUCUGUCCCUCAUGAACCUCAAAUGGGCUCUGUCGUGGUUUUGUGAAUUGGCUCCAAUGUCCUUAGGCCUCUUCUCACCCCUCUGUGGUUUGUUGCCCUAUUGAAAAAGUUAGUAACAGGUACUUGUAUGUUAUUUGUGUCCUAAGAAUGAGCAAGCUUCAAGGAACCUCUGGUUUCAGCCACCUGGAGGACCAAGAGGUGAGGAUUUUUAUGUUCUUCCAGUUAAUUUUCAGGGAAGGAGUUGUUACUUUGGUAUUUAAUGAUAUUUCAGAAGGUUUCUUUGUUAAACAGGCAAAACCAUUGUUACACUUACAGUUUUGUAACCUCCAAAACCUUUGUGUAUGUUGAAGAUGAUACUAGGGGGAAGGAAUUCAUUAGCAAAACUGCAGUCCUGUGAAAUGAAAGCCGGGAGUGAUAUUCCAUAGUGAAGUAACUGGCUGAUUUUUCGUGGUGUUCCUGACAAUUGCAUGGUGAAGUAAUGUGUGCACCCUGAGAUGCCAAGUCUUUAAACACUCCCGUGCUGCAGUGGUCUGUGCACCAUUUCCUUGGCCAGAGCAGAUGUGCAGCCUUUGCUGAGUAUCAGAACAUCAGUCCCUGUCCCCCCUGUAAUCUCUAAUAUUAACACAAAAGAUGCUGCUACAAUUACACCCAAAGUACAUGCUCCAGGUGACAGUAAACCUCUGCCAGUGCAAGGAUGGGCACUGCUGAGGAGCCAGAACCAUCAGAGCUGACAAAACUUUCCAGACGCAAGUGUACUGCACUUCAGGGAUUCAGAGAGGUUCAUUUCCAGGCUGUUCCCAGCCAUGUUCAUUCCUUUGAGUGGAUUUAGUGCAUUUCCUUCUCUCUUUCCCCUUUUAACAGCCAUUGUAGGGAUUACCAAGGUAGCAGAGCAGAGAGCCUCCUACCCAGCUGCCACCGAUGCAGGGCAACACCUGCCUUGGACAGCAGAAACCAAUUCCUCCACCCCAAAAAACCUGGAUGCAGUCUGGGUGCCAGCAAGAGGCACCCUAUGGCAGUUGUGCAUCACCCAUUCCCACAGAUGGAGUCUAAGUCCUCAAAUGAAAAGUCUCCCCCCCAAUCCUCUCCCCUUCCAGUGCUGUCUCAAACAAAAUGUGAACAUUGGCCUCAGUAUCUGGAUUGAUAAAUCAGGCUUUGUGGUUUCUCUGUUUCAAGACCCUGCCAUGGCCCCUGGCUAUGUAGCAUUUCUCUUUCUUUACACCUGGAUAAUCUCUUUGGGGACACCCAAAGAAGCCCCCAGCCCCAAAUGCAACUGCCAGAGCUCUCUGUGCCUGCAGGCCUGCCCCGUCUCCCCUUCUCACAGGCUGGGGAAGGCACUCGCUGCAAGUUCCCAUGGUCCGUCUGUGUGACUGGUGGCUGGAAAGGUGCAAUAUUCCAUUGCAGGAUCUCCCUGCCGGAAUUGGAGUGUGUAGUGUCAGAGCCAAUUGGGUUUGCCUGUGUCCCUCCUCCUCCUCUCUCUUCCAGCUUCAGAAAGCAGCCCUAAUUUUUGCUGUCCACCCUGGUGGGAGCCACCCAUGAGGAUGAAGUCCCUGCAAGGGGCAUAGAAAUCGCACAGUAUCCAACUUGUGCACCCAGUGAGGAGGAAACAGGCCCUCCAAAGCCUUGCUCUCACAUGUAGCUUUUUGACUUUUUCCCAUCUAAAAGUGUGUCCUUAGCCUCCAUCCCACCCUCGCUCUGAUGUACGCCAGCCCAGCACUGCUGAGAGCGCACGGCGGCAGCACGGGCUGACCUGAGCCCUGCGCCUUCCCAGAGAGCUGCCAAUAUUGCACCUUUCUCACAGAGCAAAAUGUCCAGAUGUUACAGCGUUUGUCCUUGGCGAGGGACUCACCUCGCCAGUUUUUAUCUAGUGUUGGUGAAUGUAAAAGUUUGUUGGAAGUGUUUGACAUGGUGGUGAACUUGAGAUGCAGUAUCCGUUUUGUCAAACCUGCCAAAGGAGGGAAGGCUCAAGUCAAGGCAGCUCUCUCUGGGACGAGGUUGCUCGCUGGAUCUGACUUCUGCUUCUUAUGGCAGGUUAUGGAUUUGUUUCAAUGUCUGUUUCCCUUUUUAAAAAAAAAAAAGGAAAAUGAAAAAAAAAAGGCAAAAAAAAAAAAGCGCCAUUUUUUCCAACCAAAGCCAUGUGAUCCCAAAGCAAAUACCUCCUGCUUCUGCCCAUGCUGCACUGUUCCAAAAUUUGCAGGCGAUUUUUUGCAUGACUGUUUUUCAUCAUUUGUACAGAUCAAAUAACAGAAAGUGAAGUAAUUUCACUUAAUUUCCAUAAAAAUAGUUGAUUAUAGAUGUGUUUCAUAUGGAAAAUAUGUACCUGACCCAGAGGGGUUAGGAGCUGCUACUACUAAUUAGCUUGAAGAACAAAGCAUGGUCCUCUCCCUGGAGGGGAAGAAAUCCAGUCUCCCUGUUCUCAGGGUAUUUACAGUUUUACUGUUUAACAAAUGCAAGGGGUUCCCAGCCCUCCCGGUGGGAACCAUCACAGCGGAGGAGCCCCGCGCCCAGCUCAGGAUCCCUCUGAGCCUCGGGAUGGCGUUUGCUGAUGCCGGGGCUUGGCUCUCCUGACCGCAGUGGAGAUGCCACGGCAUCCAAUCCGUGCCCUUGCAGGGGGGUCCUGCCCGAGCAGAUCUGCUCCCUCUGCCUCGUGGGGCGCUCGGAUGCCGUGGUGCUGCAGUGCCAUGAGGACACACAGCUGGUCACCGCGGCUCAGGGCACCAGCUGGGGGCUUUGGGAAUUGUUGGACUUGACCUCAGACCUUGGCCAGGCUUUGACUUGUAGAAAGGAUACUGCAUCUUCCUAUGUCAACUCCUGCUGCCGCCUUUGUUCCCCUUGCCCGUCUGCCUCUGGGUGCAGGCAGCAGGGUGGAUGAUGGCCUGUUGGCUGGGGGAGGCUGGGAGGGCAUCUAGCCAUAGUUUCUACUGUCAAUACAAUUUUGCACAAGAGUUCUUUGAAGUGAGAUUUUCAACACUAAUAUCUUAAAUGCACAACUGUGAAUUAUAUCUUUUACACUCCUGUUGGUUGAAUUUCCUUUAAACGAAAUGAACCUGAAUCUGUUGUAACUAUGAUUUUUUUUUUUUUAAUUCUGUGUAUUGCCAAAUCAUUGUAAAGAGUGAAGGAAUGUUCUUGCUUUCCAGUGAGAAUCUUUCUCCAAAUGAGACUGACUCUGGUGAUGUGGAGAUCAUAUGAAGCACAUUAGCUCUGAGAGGAGAGGGGCUUAGUGGGGGGCUUAGCAAACCAGCCUUGGCCGCUCUGUGCCGCAAGCUCAGACCCUCCGGAGUUUACAAAGUGCUUCUUGUUUUGUUCCCAGCUUGUCCACUCCCUGAAAUCCCCAUGCAGCUGAAGGCUGCUGCCCUGGAGGAGCUCUGGAUGGGUUAUCCCACAGUGGGAUGAGGAAUGCUGGCAGGCUGUCUGGACUGGCUGGUGGGCUGGAGCCCCAAGGCUGGUGUGGCAGGAAGAAGUGCCUGCCCCAUCCAGAGGCACCAGGAGAGGAAGCUCCACGGGGCAGUUCCUUCUCCUGCUCACCAGUUCUGCUCCAAACCUGUGUCGUGUAUAGUUCACUCUCACGUUCUUUUUGCCCCUGUAAGCUCCUGCUCUGGACUGAGCAGGAAUGGGAUGAGGCUGAGACCGGUGCAGGGGCAGCUGGAGCUGGCUGCUGAAGGUGUGCAGUUCUUGGGCCUGGUGGAAGAGGGGUCAGCCACUCAUUGACAUUAUGCUCGAUUUUCUGUUUCUCCCUUCUUCUCCUGGACUUGCUCCCCUUUUCCUCACCACUGGGGGCUUUUUUGUUUGUUUGUUUUUCUUCUUUUCUUUAAGUGCCUUUUUGUGUGGGUGGAACUGGCAAGAGUAGGAGUCUCAGGAUAUGGCCACUUGCACUCAGACUUGGAGAAAGCUCAGGGGGAGCAGGGUGAGUUGCCCUGAUGGCCCACACACAUCACCCUUUGCUGCUUCUCAGCCUUCAGGGCCCAGCUUGGAUGAGGAUGAGAUUUGGCACUGGUGGUGUCAGGCUCUGGUUCAAAUCAGCUCAAAGAAAACCAAAGAGGUAGCGUUGUGUAAGGGGCUGCUUGGGCAGCAGUGGUGCUUCCUGUGAUCUCUGCAGAGCUCAGCCAAGGGAUGUGGGGGUGCUGAUGGCAAAGAGCAGCCCUGUCUCCUCACAAGCAUCCUGUGUAAGUAUCCUACAUGAUGGAGAACACAGCCGUGUUCUCCAGGACCCCUUGGAACAUGCAUCUUCCUUGUGCAGAAUUACACUCUCUAUAGAAAUCAUUCCCACAUGAAAGAUGUACCAUAUUUUAUACAAUAUCUAAUACAUCUGUGGUUUUCAAUCUAGUACCUGUGUACCAGUUGUCCAGUUAUCCAGUGUCUGGAUUACCGAUAGAAAACUGGGGCUGGGGGUGGGGAAGGGUGCUGCCCAGUACCUCUUGUCGUGGUUACUUGAGGCUUCAUCCCAAAGGUGCCCGCCCAGCAUUGAAGAGUCCCUGUGUCCACACUGUGCCCUGUCCCAAGGCAGGAACCCUGGCUGUGGUGUGGUACAGCCCCAGACAUGCUGCCCGUCCCACCACCUGGCUCUACACUGGGGGUCUACACAGACCUGAAGAAGUACCUGUUCCCUGGAUACUGAGGGUUGGUUUGGCCCAGCAGUGAAAUGAUGAGCUUAACUAACACAGUCGGGCAUCUUCCAUGGCACGGAUGGGAGAGCAGCCUUCAUCCUGACUUGGCCAGCAGGGAGGACAGGCUCUGGACCACAGGCUGGGCUGGGCAGCCACCCUCAUCCCUGUACUGCUGUUACACUUGGUCCAUCAGCUGCAGGUCUCUUGUUGGUGUGAUGUCUGUGAUGAUUCUGGCCUCACUCCCAUGUGUGGGCAGCACAGGGGACCUGGACAUCCAGGUCUUCCUGCAGAGCCCCCUCAGCAAUCCUGCUUGGUGUCUUGCUCUUGUCCAGGAGCCUGGCUUCAUGCUGAGUUGUGUUCCUCUGGGGCCAGUCUCAGGGCUGCAUCCAGACGAGGAGAUGCUGUUGCUCUGGGUCUAAGGCAGUGCAGUUGAGCUUUUCCAUCUGGUGUGUGCAUAUUUUCCUGAGCUGCAGGGAUGGGAGAGGUUUGCUAGAAAGCUGCCUCCAGCAAGUGGCACUGUACAGUUGGCAGAUGGAGUUGUUUCAUAGGUUGCUAGCACUGAAUUCAGUCAAAGUGACGUUUUCUUCUUGUCCUGAGGUCAGACUCUAUAGCAGUUCUUCACCUUGGAAAUACGGUACUCAAAGCUGCUGGUCUUCUGUCUCCAGCUGAAAAACAUCAUUCUCCUCUCAGGUUUUGCCUUUGGGCUCUGUUUUUCCUCUGAGCAGGGGCUGAUCACUAGGAUCUUGCAGAGGGUGGUGCCCUGGCUGCUCUUGCUCCUCCGGUGCAGAUUUCUGGCUAAGGAAGUGCUUGGUGUUUAGUCCUCCCCCAGAAGCAAAGGUUUGGCUGGAUUGAUAGAAGUGGCCUUUCAUGGAAUCGAGCUGGAGGUUUGUCAGCUAUUGCGAGCCUGAAACGUGCAAAGGCUGCAGGUGGCUCCAAUGCUCCAGGGGUGGUUUUGAUUUCUUUGUUGUCUUCUCCUCCUGAAAGCAGCGUGGCGGUUGGUUGGUAGCAAGAUUCGUUGGGGAGGAAAGGCUUGUCCCAGCAUUUGGUGCUUGGUGUAGCAGUCUAGCAUCCCUUCUCAACUGUUUGCUGAUCACAGAGCUUUAUAAUAGGAGGUGGUGUUUUAUCCUCUGGGCAUCACUGUUGAACCAAAUCCUUCCAAAUACAAGUGAGAAACUAGUUGGUGUCAGAUGCCUUUAGUUGGAAGUGCCAAUAUGGAAUGCAUGUCCCAAAGAUCACUGUGGGAGGGUGAAGGGUUCCUGAUGAGCUCCUUUUCUGAGAAGUGACAGACUGGCUGGGCCUAGAUCAGCUCUAGUGUCAUUCCUGCUUUAAAAUCUCAGGUCCAGCAGGCUGGGCUGGGCUGGGCUGGGCUGGGCUGGGCUGGGCUGGCUUUGCUGGCAGGUUUUCACCCAGGGUACGUGCUCUGUCCUUCUGUGUUGUGCUGGCUUGGAUUCAGCAGCGUGGCUUCUGUGACAGCUGUGCUCUCAUCGGCCGCAGCUGCUCCUCUGCUCCUCUCACUGGGCUUCAGCUGACUGUUCAGGAAGGUGAGAAGGAGGGCCAGCAGUUGAGAACAGGCCAUGCUGCAGCCAUUCUGUCUUCAUUUCUCGCACUGAGGGUAGGAGAUGCUGCUCAAGGGGCUCUGCCUUCCUCGGAGACCACAAGGAAUUUGGAGAGUGGGAACCCACCAGGAGCCCAGCAGCAGUGCUCUGGUCCCAUUUGAUCCACGUUCUCCUGAGCACAAGGGUGGCUUAUGAGCAGUUCAGGGUCAGGCCCUGCUGAGGUGCCUGGAUGCCAAACACAGUGAAUCUGAAACCCCGAAUACUUGAGAUGUGUUCCUGGAAGCCAUGAGCAGCUGGUGCUCAGCAGCUGGAGGUCUCACACCAAACCAUUCUCGUUCCUGGCUGCCCCGAGCCCUGUCCUGGUUGCUGCUGGCUUGGCCUUGGUCCCCCCAUUCUGGAGCGUGGCAGCUCUCCCUUUGCAGUGCGUUUUCAUGGCUGUCUGAUCCCACUCCAGCCAGCUCUCCCCUCUGUCUUAUUUGCCAUCGUAUGUGGUCUUUGCAAAUUGUAUCAUAUUGUACAUGACUUCGGGUUUCCAGAGUUGUAGUAUUCUGACUACAGUAUUUCCGUGUGUGUACAUAAACCUGAAUAAGCACAACUGAAAUCCUGAAUGAAGUGUAUACGUUUCAUAUACUGAUUGUCAUACGAAUUAAUUUUAUAAUUAUUCCAAUUUUGUUGUAGAUUUCCAAUCUUUCCUAUUUAUUUUGUACCAGAUUUAUUUGUAUAUUUUGUGAUUUUGUUUUAAAGCAUUUUGUUUAUUUCUAUUCUUUUUAGAUAAAUGAUGAUUUUUUUUUCUGUUGAACAUUCCAGUUUAUGCAUUUUUCCCUCCUCUAUGCUCCCCCCUCAUUUCCAAGGGACAGAUUUUGGCAUGUGGGUGGUGGGGCUGAUGUCUGUGAUCCCGUACCCACAUCUCUGCUAAUGGCACAUUUAACAGUCUUUAAUCUUCACUUCAGCUGCAAGAGCCACAGAGAGGCCAGAUCUUGUUCCUUUAGAACCAGGUGUUGCUCUUUGCUUUGGUGGGUCUGGGCCUGUAAGUCCUCAAGCUGGGGAGGGCUGUUCUGGUGGUUUUGCUGACCAGGGGCUGGCUGGGAAGCUGGUGGCAACGGCAAGCAGCUGACUUUUUGAAGUUCCCUCAAGGGUGAGGGUCUUUUUCUUUCAGUAAUAAAAACCCCUUAUUUACAA